AUCAGAAGGAAGUGGGCGGGGUAAGCCUGGUGUCCUCUGGAGAGUAGAAGACAAAAGAUACUAUAUAGCAGCAUCCUUUAGGAAAUUCCACAGUGUGAGCAAUGCAGAUUUACUUGUCUCGCCUCCUCCUGAUGGUAACCCGGACUGCCUUGCGAGUUUCGGGUGUGAUGUUCUGGAUCUUGGUAUACACAGCCGCUCUCCUCUCUGCAGUCUCUUACAUUCCUGAUUUUAUGAGGCUAGUGGUUAGACGACCCUUCAGAUUCUUUUACUGGGCACCCCUUAAAACUGCCCCCCACUGCCUAAUGAGCAGUACGCAUGGGCAGCAUGGCUAUAUUAGAAUUAAGCAUUCAGGUAUUCGAUUCCAUUAUGUGGCAUCUGGAGACAAAGGAAGUCCAUUAAUGUUGCUCCUGCAUGGCUUCCCUGAGAACUGGUACUCCUGGAGAUACCAACUGGAUGAGUUCUGUAAUGGAUACAGGACAGUAGCUGUUGAUCUAAGAGGUUUUGGGAGUUCAGAUGCUCCCCCUGAUUUGCGGGAUUAUAAAAUAGAGACCCUGCUACAGGAUGUGCAAGAUCUGAUCUUAGGACUGGGUUACACUAGCUGUGUCCUAGUUGGCCAUGAUUGGGGUGGUACUCUCGCUUGGACCUUUUCAGUCCGUUACAGUCACAUGGUCACUCGUCUCAUCGUCAUGAAUGCACCUCAUCCGUCAGCAUUUCACGAUUAUGUGCUGCUGCAUCCUUCCCAGCUUUUUUUGUCUCGCUAUGUAUUCCUAUUCCAGUUGCCUAUUUUGCCUGAGAUCCUACUGUCUAUGUGUGACUUUGAGCACAUAAGGAGACCACUGACAGAUCCCACUCUAGGGAUACAGAAUAAAGAGCAAAAACUGAAUAAAGAAGAGACAGAUGCCUUUCUAUACUACAUUUCCCAGAAGGGAGCAUUGACUCCUCCACUUAACUAUUACAGGAACAUAUUUGGGUUCUUCCCGGUGAAAGCUCAGGAUGUCCUUGUGCCAACACUCCUACUGUGGGGGGAGAAUGAUGCCUUUUUAGAGGCUGACAUGGUGCCAGAAAUGAAACAGUACAUCCAUGCUCCCUUCCAGACUGCCAUUAUAUCCAAUGCCAGCCACUGGGUACAACAAGACCAACCACAAGAGGUCAACGGGAUCAUGAGACAGUUUUUAAACUGUGAUACAGAUGCCUUACAGUGGGCACACUAAACGAGACAUAUAUUGUGUGUGUGAUUAUAGGUGUGUGGGUCAUUAAGUAUAGUGCAUAUAAUAUUAUGAUGGACACUGACACUCACUUCUGUUUGCAGAUCAGUGUUUUGGUCUUGUGUUUGAAACAUUGAUCUGUAAAGUUAUACGACACCCAGUAGAGUGGUACAUAUUAACCGCCUGUGUAUUAAAACAAUGAUCGUGUUAACAAUGACUUACCAGGUACAUGCAGUUAGGUUAAGCAUGAGCUACUAAUGAUUUGACUUACUUGUACAUACAUUUAUCAUUUAUUGUGUCAAUGAGUGUAAUACCACUCGCACGUUAGUUGCACUAGUGUUCAAGGGCUCUUAGUGAAUGUAGACUCAAGUGAACAAUAUUUUCUGGGGAUUGCAUAGCUGGCUCUCUUCUUAUUUGAAGAAUGUCAGUAAAGUCUGGAGUUAUAUAAUGCAAUUUUUUGAACAUUUAAUUAAAAUGCAUCUGGCAAUUAAGGAUGCUUCCUUCAAAGCAGAUGAGAUGCCGUUGAGCCAUAGGGGUGUUAAGGAUUCUUUCAAUGGGAUCAUCCGCACAAGCUUGACUUAUGGCAAUCUGAAAGGCAAGGUUAGUGUUAAAACACAAACACUCAACCCUACCAUUUUAUUUCAAGCACUAUUGAGGCAAAAUAUAAUUAAUAAAUAAAUAAAACUAGAGGCCUUGUUAAGUUUCUGAUACCGAGAAUGUAUAGAUAAUGUCCAGAGCUGCAUUUCAGGGCAUAAUUAUUGCAUUAAUAACAUGCUUAUCUUGAGUAAUUAUCUACAGAUACAUAAGCUAUUUAUAUACAUUGACUAAUUUAUUAGAUGGGUUGAUUUUUUUGUGUGUACCAUUUGAUCUCCGUUCUAUAUGAUAUAUGUACUGUAAAAUGUAAUAUUGUUAACCUCUUGAGAACAAGGAACGGUAACCUCCUUGUCACAAAGAUACUACUGAUAUGUCAACUCUUCUGAAGUAUUUAAUAGAACAUGCUGAAGUAUUUUAUUGAUAUUUAGCAUUGUUCUUAAAGAUAGUCUGCUGGAUUGAUUUAUUGUUUUGUUUUUUAAUCAUGGAUACUUUGUUUCCACCACAGCACAUGUCAUAUUAAAUAGACUCUAUCAUGCAUAAAAUAACAAAGUCUAAUUGGAAAUUACCGUCCAGCAUUAACGUGUAACAGCAAAGGAACUAGAUCUUAAAGGGACACUAUAGCUACCAAAAACAACUUUAGCUUAAUGAAGCAGUUUUAGUGUAUAGAUCAUGCCCAUGCAGUCUCACUGCUCAGUUCUCUGCCAUUUAGGAGUUAAAUCACUUUUGUUUCUGUUUAUGCAGAGCUAUACACCAUGACUGAUUUAUUAAGCUAAAGCUGUCCUUGUGACUAUAGUGUCCCUGUAAGUAAAAAAAUUUUUUUUACGUUACUUGAUAUUCUGCCAUUUGGCUAUCACAAUUUCUUGAUAUAUUUGUUGAUUACAAAAGCUCUCUGUUAUGCUCUAUAUGACAUGGAGUCUCUGAAAUAUUUAGUCAGAAAAUGCAUACAUUAUUGAUAUGGAAAGAAAUAUCUGUCAUAGCCCAAUGGAUAUAAGCUAUAUAUAAUGCAUGCUAGAGGCUACAAUUUGGUGUGCAAUGCCAAACGAAGUUAAUAAGCACAAUAAAAUGCAGCUACUAUAAUAAAGGAAAUAAAAUGAAAGAAUAAUUCAAAAGAGAUGGAUACACACGGUAUGCCUUUCUUCUUGUGUACAUAGUAGGGCAUUGUGCAUCUGACCAUGUCUGCAAAUUCAUAUGUAUAUAUGAGAAAGAUCAUGGAUAAAAUAAUUGAUUUAUUGAAAAAUUGUUAUUUAGUCUCCGUGUAGGACUUCACCGUGAUUUGUAAGAAUUAAAAGGAGGACGGCAUGAUGGAUAAAUUGAUAUUAAAUGUACUCAUCAGCAAAUGUAUGUAUUUUUUGUUUUUAACAAAUUGAUUUUCAUUCUGUUAAAACAAGUCCAAAGUCUUAAAGGGAAAUGUAUGCACUGUAACUGCUGCUCAACCUAACUUGCCUGCCGCAGUGUUUGCUCUGUGUAAACCUGCAGGAGCAGGCAAGUUAGCUUGAGCUGGUCAGAUAAAAGUAGAGUCUGAAUGAACAAGGCUGCUCAGUUAGCUAAAA